UUUCACACAUGUAGUAUUUAGUAGGUGUGAUGAUGGACAGAUGGAGUACUAAACAUUGUGUGGGCAGAAUGGCCAAAAAAGUAGAUUUUUAAGCAUGGGAGGAUACUUAAUUUUCUGACACCAAUGUGUGAGGAAAAAGUAUAACACAAAGUAGCUUUAUUUCAAUCAUUAAACCUUUUAUUUAGUCAGAAGUAGUGAUAAACUACUUAGGAGAUUCUAAUCCUGAAGCUAUUCAACCAUUAUGAGAAAUAAAUGUUUAUUCAUUACUCUGGUUCAAUUAACCAUUAAAGCUGCGAUGCAGAAAUAAAAAGUUAUUUCUAGAUCUAGUUUUGUUUGGUUGGUACACAGUAGUUGAAGUCAACUGUACUUGUGGUUAAUAUGAAUAUGACUGAAUCAAACACUCAAGGUUCAAGUUGGGAGAUCAAUCCAAAUAGUUCUAAAUGGCUGGCAGAAAAUCUUAAGGAGAUGGACCAGAGUGUAAGGCGGAUGCUAAAUCUGAUCGAAGAAGAUGGUUCUUUGACACUGAAUGUUGAAAUGUACUUCCAGAGAAAAUCAGAGUUGAUUAUUAAUGUGAAAGAGUUUCACCAACUGUAUCGAUCAUUGGCUGAGCGCUAUGAUCAUGUGACAAAAGAAUCAUAUAAAAGUAUAUCAUCUGAUCACCAAAUGCAAGGCUCUGGAAAUUCCGAGUCAGGAUAUGAUCAAGACUCUCCACUGUUAACUCCUGAUGUUAAAGUUGGUUUGAACAAAUCUGGUCAUCUUGCUGCUGGCUUGGAUACAUCUCCAAGCUCCCCUGGUGGUGGCUCAGUUUUUUCUUUAAAGGAGGGGAAUGAAUCAUCCUCAUCAUCAUCAGACUCUGAGUCAGAAUCUUUUGUCAACAAUUACUUGCGAACGCCUCUGAUCAUCAGUAGCCAGUCACUGCAGCAGAAGACUAUUGAGCUGGAAAAUGAACUUUCUGCUUUGAAAGACAAGCUACAAACAAGAGAAGCUGAUCUUGAAGCUGAGAGAAAACGAGUAUUGGUUUUGCAAAAGCAGAUUUUUGAGAUGGAGACUCGAGUUUCAGAUACAGAUUAUAAGAGUGGGAUGUUAGAGGAAGAGUUGGAAGUAAGUAGAAAUAUGCUUAAGGGGUCAGUUAAAGAGAUUGCCAAGCUGAAACAUUUACUUAAUGAGAGAGAAUCUGAAGGUCAUCAGUUGCAACAUCAGCUUGAGUCAGCUCAAGAAGACAUAACAACUUUUAAAGUGCAGCUUGAUUCAGAGAGAAGACUUGUUUCUGAACUGGAGGAGAGGAUUGUAAGGUACAAUGCCGAUGUAUCUGACCGUGAACUCAUGGUGAGGGAACUAGAAGUUGCAUUACAUGAUGCUGAGCAACAAUUUUCUCAAGAGAAAGCAGAGUUGGAAGCUGAAGUUUUAAGUUUGACUGAGAGACAAGCCCUUCUUGAUAGGAAACUUAAAGAGAGGGAAUUGAGGAUCAAGGAGUUAGAAGAAAAUAUACUGAUUUCUAAAGUUGAGAAGAUUGAAAUGCAAAGAGUGCGUGUUGCAGAAGAGAUGGCUUUGAAGACUGAGAACAAUCAGCUGCUGGUAGAGCUUUCUGAGCGAAGAGAACAUAUUGAAGUUUUGAACAAAGAAUUCGACAAAUUUAAACUGAAGUAUGACAUGUUAGUGGCAGAAAAGGAUGGCUUAACUGCUAAAGCUGACACACUCAUUGCGAAUGUGAGUACCCGGGACAAUCAGAUUCAGGCAAUGGAGACGCACCAGUGUCAGCUUCGCAAAGAACGAGAGGAGUUGACUGAUGAGUACCAAAAUGCACAAAAACUUAUUGAUGAGCUGAAACUAAGGGUAGAUGAGCUGCAAAAUGAGGUUGAUAGGCAGAGAGUGUUGAUCUCUGAUGGAGCUGAGGAGAAAAGAGAGGCGAUAAGGCAGCUAUGUUUUUCGCUGGAGCAUUAUAGAAGCGGAUAUCAAGAACUUCGUCAAGCCUUUGUUGGACACAGGCAGAAUGCUGUUAUGGCUGCAUAAUAUGUGAUGUUGGAAGUUUCUAUGUGAUGUUCAUCUUUGCAUGGUUUGUUUUGUUCUAGGUUUGGAAAUCCUUUAUAUUUGUUCAAUUUGAACCUUUUGAUUUUUGUUUGAUAUGGUUUAAUGUUUAUGUUUAGUAAAUAGUGUGUAAGAGACUGGGAAGGAGCAAAAUGUAGCUAAGUAAUUUUAUUCAUUUUAUAUUUCUUACUUUAAAUCAUUCAUUGAUA